GUGCCAUAGAAGGCCAGGUCGGGAAAUAUUUGCUCAGUCCGAUCCGAUCCAUUUCCGUCAACGGAAGAAAUAGAGAUUAACGUCUUAUUUUCCCCAAAACUAGGGUUUUGAAUUGUACAGAGAAGUCAUGUCAAGCAUCCAUCGAUCUUCAAGCGCUACUCUGAAGAACGGAAAUCCUCCUCAAGAACUCCUCGACGAUCUCUGUAGUCGUUUUGUCUUGAAUGUGCCGAAGGAAGACCAACAAUCAUUCGAGAGGAUUUUAUUUCUUGUGGAGUAUGCACACUGGUUCUAUGAGGACAACUCAGUAGAAAAAAAUCCGUCGCUGAAGUCCUUCAAUUUAAAAGAAUUUACCUCUUUAUUAUUUAACAGCUGUGAUGUUUUACGACCUUAUGUUGCUCAUAUAGAUGACAUUUUUAAGGACUUCACUUCCUACAAGGUUCGAGUACCUGUAACUGGGGCAAUCAUUUUGGAUGAAACCUUUGAACGGUGCUUACUAGUGAAGGGAUGGAAAGGAACAAGCUGGAGUUUUCCCCGUGGAAAAAAGAACAAAGAUGAAGAAGACCACAUGUGUGCCAUUAGAGAAGUCCAGGAGGAAACAGGUUUUGAUGUCUCAAAACUUCUUAACCAAGAUGAGUACAUUGAAGAGAUAUUUGGACAACAAAGGGUGCGGCUUUACAUAAUCGCUGGUGUGAAGGAUGAUACUGCCUUUGCGCCACUUACCAAAAAAGAGAUCAGUGAAAUCUCAUGGCAUCGACUCGAUGACCUUCAGCCAGUAAGUGGUGAUGUGAUAUCUCGUGGGCUCUCAGGUGUCAAGCUUUACAUGGUUGCUCCUUUCUUAUUAUCUUUGAAAUCAUGGAUUUCAGCACAUCAACCCCCCAUAGCCCCAAAAUUUGAUGCGCCUGCUAAAGGAUUCUGUGUGUGGAAUGCCAAGAACAGCUCUACAGGGAGUAGCACAAUGAUAGCGGAGAACCAGGCAACAAAACCCGUAUCAGAUGUUCACCCUCCUGACACAGGUCCUGGCAGGAGCUUCAGAAACUUCAGGUUUGAUACCACGGCAAUCUUAAAAGCAAUGGAUUCAGCCUUUUCUGCUUAGAGGUCAAACACAAAUCCCUUUCUUGUAAAGUAAAGUGUUGCCAUGUUCAGUUAAGGAGGUUAGUUUCAGCCAUUUCACCAGUACUAUACUAGACAGCAUUAGGGCCCUUUGUAGAGGUACCAGCUGUAUAUUGUGUAUCUCAGAUCUUCAGGUUUGGGUGUUUGUAUAUUCUGUACAGAAGCCCUUUAUGGAAAUUGUCUUUGGUCAUUCUGCUUUUAUCAGGUUGAAAAGACAGUGCAUUUGACUUAGUGACCGUUGAAGUCUUAGUUUACUGGGUAUUUGAUUGUAUUUCUAUGCCUUUUUUUUAAUCAAAAUGGAAAUAGUGCAGGACCUUUUGCUUC